AUGCCGAGGAGCGAUGACUUGCCGCCGCCCCUUCGGAAGGACAAGGGAAGAGAGCUGAAGAGGCUGUCGGAUCUUGGAAAGCUCACGAGCGACGCUCUCAAGGCCGCUCAUGUCGCAAGUGACAAAGGGGAUUACACCGUCUCUCGAGAAGCCAUAAGAUGCGUCCAAGUUCUCAGACAUAUCAGAUCUCUCCGUCUGGAUGCUCGUGUUAUCUCCAUGCCCGACAACGUUCGCCCUCUCCAGUAUCUUGCCAGGAACCGUAACCCUAAGAUCAGCUCUGAGGCACGAUCUGUGCUUCACCACUGGAGGAACGUCCUCUCUGGUACCCAUCAAGAACCCGUCCCUGGUUCUUCAUUGUCGGUGAGUACCCCCUCGGAAGAACAGAAUCUGCGAGGAACGAUCCGAUUGCUGGGACGAUGA